GGGCGCAGCUGCGAGACGACGACAGUGGUGGAACGCUUCUUGAAUUGCUAGGGCACUGAUGAACCAGCAGCCCGAAGGGGGCGGCUGGACGGUGCCCCCUGACCCCUCAAGGACACUAUGUCCCCCCUGGUUCUAUUUCGUCACCUACUGUGGAUACUUUGUCUGUUCACCCCCAAGUCUGUGAGUGCCCUUCCUUUACACCUCAUAGCCGUCUUCCCCCAGGAGGGGGACACCAGGGGCGGAAACGCUCUGGCCCGGGCCCUUCGCAAGGCGGUCAGUGAUUCGGACAGUGGGUUGUUCGAGAGAGAUGUGACCUUGCUGGCCACCCCCUUUUUCUCCCCCAGAGCAUCCCAGCCCCUCCUGGUCAACUUGUGUAAUGCCCUGAAAAGACAACAGCCCCCGCCGGCCGCCCUGGUCUCCUUCGUGGGACCUCCGCUGUCUUUUUAUGUGUCUCUUUUGGGAUCCCACAUGAAAGUUCCGGUCUUGGGAAUGACGAGGAGUUAUGAAGAUCGUCCGGCAAAGAGUGUGCAUCCUUACUAUCUAAGCCUUGAUCCAAAUGCUGAAGAUCUAGCCCACGCCACUGGUCUGCUCCUUUCCUACAACAGCUGGGCCCAAGCCAUAGUGAUCCGAGACAGUUCCACCUUUUAUAUGAGUUUCACCGCCACGCUCUACCACCAUUACAUCAGAGGCAACAAAUUCCAAAUCAUUCUCAACGACCGACUCAGCGAUGGCCAGCUGUUCGAGAUGGUGGCCGAAGUCCUCCACAGUGAAGUUCGUGUGAUCGUGGUUGCAUGUGGCCAACUUCUUGCCGAGAGGAUAUUCCGCCAGGCUCGUAAGGCUGGUCUGCUUAAUGGAAGAUGGAUAUGGAUACUUAUAGAGAGUGCCUUCAGCAUCAAUGGUCUUCAGGGCAAUGGUGAGCUUCACUUUCCUCCUGGGGUGCUAGGUUUGAAACUGAGGAAGCACGGUCUGGACAGGGCCGCUGUCCGCUCCGCUGUCCUGUUCUUUUCCAACGCGAUGACCCACUACAGCAACCUCAGCUCCUGGACACUGGACAAGGACCUCCUCAACUACACCUCUCCGGUUUCUUGCUGGUUCGGACCCGAUGAAAGAAGGGAAGCUUUCGCCAAUUUCGUGUACAGAUCAGUGUUUAAACAACGUCGUCUGAAUGGCUCAUCUCUUUUGGCUCCCGUUUUCGACAUCUACAACCUGGUACCACAUCCCGGUCGUCCCCUUCAUCACGUGACCGAUUUUGACGAACCUGUCCCACGACGCUGGAAGAGAAUCGGAAAUGUGACUGGCAGUCGAGUUUCGCUGAAUGCUGUAUUUUGGUUGAAUAAGAAACACGUGGGCCCACCCCAAAAAGGUCAAGAAAGAUUUCGAAUCGUCACCGCCUUUGCACCUCCCUUUGUGAUGCGCGCUACCAGAGUAGAAAAUGAAUCCUGCCUUCUCGGAUUGCCUUGUCUUCAAGUAAAAACGAACUCCAAGUCUGACUUGUCCCGCCUCUUUUCCGAUUACCACGGCUCUCGACUUUUGGAAGGCUUGGAAUACAACGUCAGCUGCUGUGCUGGUAUCUCCAUCGAUCUAUUGAAGACCUUAUCGGCGGAUCUCAACUUUGCCUUCGAUCUUUACCUCGUCGCCGACGGCUACUUCGGUACCAAGAGAGGGAGCCGAUGGAACGGCAUGACGCUGGACGUGCAAUCCGGGGCGGCGCACAUGGUUUUUACGGCAUUUAGCGUGACGAGCGAACGUUCCCGAGUCAUUGAUUACUCCGUCCCCUUCUAUCAUUCGGGGGUGUCCUGCCUCACCUACACUCAAGAAAGGGACGUUCCUCUCUCUGCCUUUCUCAUACCCUUCAGCGCGCAACUCUGGAUUGCCAUCUUCUUAUGCCUCAACGUGACAGCCAUCACCGCUGCCAUUUACGAGUGGUUGUCACCUUUCGGCCUCAAUCCUUGGGGAAGAAUGCGCAACAGAAACUUCUCAUUAGCAUCAGCAUUGUGGGUUAUGUGGUCGCUGCUUUUUUCUCACCUGGUGGCCUUUAAGGCUCCGAAAUCAUGGCCAAAUAAAGUAUUGAUCAACUUGUGGGGUUGCUUCAGUGUCAUUUUUGUGUCUUCCUACACGGCAAACAUCGCGGCCCAUUUUGCUGGGCUAUUUUUCCAUCUGCGAGUGUACGAUUUUCAUGAUGCUAGUCUUCUAAGUCAGAGAACUGGGACAGCUAAAGGAAGCGCUGCAGAGUCCUACAUAUACGCCCAAAAUCCUCAACUUUGGCAACAUAUUCAGAAAUAUGGAUUCGCUGAUCUUGAGGAAGGUCUCGAGAAAUUGAGACGUGGCGAACUGGGAGUACUGAUUGGAGAUACGGUGGUGUUGGAUUAUUUCAGAGGCAACGAUCCGGGAUGCAGCCUUCAUUUGCUGGGCCAAUCUAUAUUUGACGAUGCAUAUGCUGUGGGCAUGCAGAAAGGAUUUAGGCUGAAAAAGUCCAUCUCAACGCUCAUUCUCCGGUACAACGAGUAUGGUCUGAUGGAGCAACUCCAGAAGAAAUGGUUCGGAAGAGUGCCUUGCUUCAAUCACUCUGUGCACCGACUCAACAAACCGCAACCUCUCAGCUUGCGGUCUGUUGCUGGAGUGUUUCUCAUGCUGCUCCUCGGCGGAGCAUUUGGCAUCCUCAUCCUCUUCAUGGAGCAUGCGGUGUUCAAACACGCCUUACCUCAACUGAGGAAGAAACCACAAGAGUGCUUCUGGAAGAGUCCCAAUGUUAUGUUCUUCAGCCAGAAACUGUAUCGAUUCAUCAACACAGUGGAGCUUGUUUCACCGCAUCAUUCCGCGAAAGAAAUCGUCACCAACAUUAAAGAAGGGCAAAUUUUUAGCCUCUUUCAAAAAAGCGUGAAAAGGAAGGCAAAAGAAGAAGCUCGAAGACGUAGAAGCAAAUCCCAGUUUUUUGAAAUGAUUCAAGAAAUUCGAAAAAUGGUUCGACUACAAAAAGAGAAUCCAGAGACAGUUAUUACUGCUGAACCUCAACUUUUACCUCAGAGAGUAAGGUCCCCAGUGUUAGUUGGAUCUCCAGUUGGACCACUUGACACGGAACGUCUAAUUUUUGUACCGCCGAGUUCUUCCUCCCCGCCUAAAACAGGUAGUUCGUGGACAGAUUUGUGUAAAAGGGCUCCACUGUGCUUUGGGAACACGAAAUACAGCCAUCUUCAGCAGUACGAAGAACCAUCAGGAUUUCACCUAAAUGUGAAUCAACUCGACACUUCUCCACCUUUGUACCGACGAUCGCACUGCCUGGUAAGAAGUGUUUCGCCACUCGAAAACCUCAGCUCUUCCAGUGGCGAGGAUCAGCAGCAACCUGCCUUCAACACAACCGUCCUCAGCAUCAGCGUGGAGGACCUCAGGUUGGUUGAUUCUGCAGGAACGGACUUUCGAAAACUGAAGAGACACAGAUCUUUAGAUGAAAUUCUGUGGAAGAAAAAUUACCCCCACAGCCCAAGAAGGAAAAAAGUAUCCACAGCUUCAGAACCAAAGAUGGCCGUCAGAAAAAUGUUGGAAGUCGACGAACUUUUGCUGUACUCGAUGAGCAAGGAAGAGAUCAUUCGUUCGUGGCAAGCUUCGGAAAGAAAGCUUUUGAACAGGCUUAGAGACGCUAUUAAAGAGAAAAGAUCACUAGAAAAGAAGCUUGCUUUUAUACAGAAGACAUUGGUAAAGCCACCAUGAGUUUUCCGCUGAUCCUUUAGUUUAAUGAUACGAGAAAGAUCAAGAUUGCACGACUUAGUUAAGUCUCAUCGAUCUUCGAUAGGCACAUAGAUCACUUUACUUCGUAAGGCUUUAGUAGGAAGCGAGUGAGUAGAAGCAAUGUGGAAGGGGUUGUCGUUAAAAUAUUGACGAGUUUAAUAUUGUGGAUAUGAGAACCUAAGAGAUUUGGGUCUUUUUGCACAUCAGGAAAUAACGAAAUUUUAACAAUUUUUUCCCCCACUUUCUAAUGCAAUGGCUAACAUUUUUUUACACAUUUAAAUAGAGCAUAUUAAUAACUAUUUAACCAAAGAAAGAAAAACAUUCGAAAUUUGGUACAACAAUGUAAAAGAAAAAAUAUCCAUGUAUAAAUCUUUUAUUUUCCUAAAAGUAAAAAUCUGCGUGACGAUGUAUGAGAUUUUUAAUAUAAUUCAAAAGAAAUUUAAUUUGAAAGUGCUAAAAAUUUUUAAAAAAGGCCACAUUUACUUAAAACAUUAAAAAGGAAAUUCUUCGCUAUCAUAUUCAUAGCUAAUAUCAAAAUCAAUUAUAUUUAAAAAAUUAAAAGACCUAUUAUUAAAUAAUAUGCACAAAAUCCUUUAUAUUCCUGCCUAAUUUGUCUAAUUUUAACGUAACACAAUUUAUCAUGAAUAGAUCGUGGCCAAAAUGCAAACCGUUGAAGGCCUUAACUCGAACCGAGUUUCAUUUACCUCUCAACAUCAUGAGAUGUUCGAGGAACUCCAGUCCAGUGUACUAUGCAAAUUUUAUUACUAGAGUAAGACUAGUUAGAAACGUUUCUCGUAGAAAUUUUAGAGUGCUGCAUUCAGAAAAUACUUUUGUAAACACAUAUUUAGAAAGAUAUAUAUUUCAAACUCUAUUACCUACAAAUAUAUUUAACUGUCGAACAACCUCAUGAAUUUAGCAAUUAAAAAUCCGUUUCUGGCAAGAUUUAUUUAAGAAUCCCACUAUCAGCUUGGUCCAAGCAAGCCGUGCAAAUUCUCCUCUGGUGGGCUGGUUUCUGUUUCAUACGAGGGUUGCAGAAUGCAAAGCGAGGAUAACCUUGGUGAUAACUCACUUUACAUUUCUCACCCCUCGUUUGAAAUAGAAGCGGUCCCAAACCAGUCCACUAGUACAGAACUUGUACGGUCAGGUUAGACUGAGUUUAUAGUAAGAAGGUUAAUCAAAGUGAAUAAAAUAUUUAUAACAUUAAAAUGCAAAACAAUAAUAUUAAUUAAUUAUUAAUUUCGGUAUCCUUUCCUGGUUUCAUUAAAUCAAAAAAAUAGUUAGUUCUUAUUGAAACUAGUUUAGCUUUCCAGUUGUUUAUAAUUUUAAUGAUUAAGAAUUACUGUAUUUUGAGAAUUAAAACUGGAACACAAAGUUGGAAAUAUCAAAUAAAAUUUUAAAAAAUGUAACCAAAUCUGAGAGCAACUAUACACAGGAAAAAGGCAAUUUUAAUAAUAAAAUAAUCUUAAAUCAUUUCUUUCUAUCUAUGGCAUCAAAGAAGAAAAAUGCAUUGUUUAAUAAAUAAAUAUAUAUAUAAAAUCUGAGUAUAAAUUAUAUUUGCUAUCAUUAAAUUAAAAUUUACCUUACAAAACUAAUAAUUGAAUUUUUAAUUAACAAUUAUUCAUCAAAAAUAACUAAAAAUUGUUAAGUCUUGCAGAGUGACACAACAUAAUCUAAAAAUAAAUUAUUACUCAUAUAGCUCAUAAAUUCCAUUUUAUAUUGAAUCUCUAUACACUGCUUUAUAAAUAUUCUUGAGAAUAAUAAUGAAAUUUGAAGUUCUCUAACAAACAUCACAUCGACCACAUGAGUGAUACAUUUUUAAUUAUUUUCUUGUAAUACAAAAUAUAAACCUCUAGAUGCUUUUCAAAACCUACUUAAUAAUACCAUACAAAUAUUAAAUCCAAAUAAAGGGAUGCAAAGCCAAAUACCUGCCAUUUGUAUAUAAGGCGAAAAUUAAUUAUUAAAGAAUUUUUGUACAUUACAAAGAGAAAUUAUCGAAAAUAUUUCAGGAAGAAUAUUUAUUCUUUUAAAAUGAUGCUGCAAAAAAAGCAUGCUUGGAAAAUUCCUUUCUUUAAAAAUUGAUUUUUUAAAGCAAUAUAGAAAUCCUAUAAUUCAAAAUACUGCAAUUCAUUAAAUUUAGAUGGCUCAUUUACCUGGAGCAAAUAUAUUCAAUAUAUAUGCACAAUCUUUUGCGGUGGCUAAAUACAUAAAGGCAAAGACGAUCGAAAAGGUUUUAUAAAUGUUUGAAAAUUUUGAAACUCGUUGUUACAUUUUGAAUAAUUCAAAUUUUAAAGAUAAAGAAUUAUAUUUCUUCCUACUGGAUUUGAUCAUUAAAUUGUUGAUCCAAUGAUGAUUGUUUUCAUUAAAAUGAAAAGUAAAAUUUUCAAUUCAUCAGAGAUUUGGAUUGAACACCAUCAGAAUAGUCAUCUUUCCAAGCUAUCCAACAUAUUCAUUUCAUUUUUUAAUUCAAAACUAGUGGAAUUUAUUAUUGCUACAUUUAGCUUAAACAAUACUGAAAUUCAAAUACAUGUUUUAUGCAGAAAUGAUUUAUAGGGCCGUUAGAUAUUUGGCAUUAAUCAUGUAAAGGAUCUGAUACAGAAUAUUAAUUGCUGAAAAUAAAUGUAUAAAAUAUGAUGUUAAUUAUUCAAAUUAUCGCAUCAGUAGACCAUCUGACUACAAGGAUUUUAUUUUUAAAAGAAUUUUUCAUUGUCCUUCGUUUGUGUAUACUAAAGGUAUUUAACAAGUGAACAUUUGUUGAAUAAAUAAUUUUAAAAAUAUCUGUUAAAACAUAAACCAUUUAGUAUUAUAGAAAGGAAAACUUAGAGAAAAAACCAUCGUCUUUCGAAACUUCUCCUUAGGGAACGAGAAUAGCAGCAAGUUCAAUAAUUCUUCAUAAAUCACAGUUGCUUUUUAAAAAAACAAACUCAUUUUCAUUAGGAAAAAAAAUUGUUGAUAGAUGUAUCGAAAAAUUAGGAACAAGAAAAAUUGUUUCUGUAUAGUUUAGAAGAAACUUUAACUAGUAAAAAUUUAGGAAUAUAUUUUAACUUUCUAUGUUCAGACGUUUAAUUUCUUAAGAUAAACAAUGUUGAAACUAAUCCAGUUGUUGAACUUUUCGUUAAGACAGAAAUUUAGAUUGGAAUAUAUAUGUAUAUGUGUGAGAUUUGAUCUCUGUCACUUGUGAAUAGAUUUAUAUUAUAUACAUAAUAGAUAUAAAAAAAUUGAGAAAAUACCUUGCUUAUAAAAUAUUUAAGUGUUGUAGUCAAAUCGAACAGUAUUUUUUGGGUAGGCUUUUACACUUAUCAUUGACAGCAAUAUUUUAUUCGAGGCAAUAACAUUUUAACGUCUAUUAUAAAAUACUUUUUAAACUCAACUCCCCAUAUAGAUAUUUAUUAAGGCAGUAUCCUGCUAUUUUGCCAUCAAAUAACUUGUAACAAAUAAUAGAACAGUUUAAAGGAUGAUUUUUAAAAGGAAAAUCGGUUUGUUGAAGACACGUCUUUUGGAAAUAUAUUAUUUACAUUUGAAAUGGAACUUUAAUACAUUUUAAAAUAUACAGGGUCGUUAUAAUUAAAGUUCCAGUUUGAAAUGGUCAUAAAAGGAAAACUACAGGACCAAAUGAUAUCAAACCUGGUAAUAGUUUAAAGAAGGCCAUGGGAAUUUCAUUUCCGCCAAAAAAAAGUUCAAAAACUCAAUACCAGGGGAGAAAUGGCGCUGUAUGCAAUAUUGUUAAGCAAAAUAGGAUAUGAAGAUAUCGGUUUAAAAAUGUUUAAUCGUUUCUGAAACGUGUUACAAAGCAUGUUCAAUGUGGCGUCCAUCAUUUUUUAAAAGCAAGUAAAUCGCAUUACUGUAUUCUCAACAGUAGCUCUUAGCAUAUCAAGAGGAAAGUUACGCACAUGUCGGUGUAUCGCUUCUUUCAGUUCAGCCAAAUUGUUUAGAUUAUCACCAUAAAUAGUGCUUUUGAGAUAACACACAUUGAGCAUACUUUGUAACUUGUUUCAGAAACAAUUAAACAUAUUUUAAACCGAUGUCUUCAUGUCCUAUUUUCAUGCCAUUUCACACU